AUGGGCGGGGACGACGACAAGAAGAGGGGCGAUGCCCGCGUCGAAUGGGUGCUGAAGCGCCUGAGCACACUGCUGGGAACCAAGGCAGAGAAGGCGGAAAAGUUCGUUUCCACCUUCCUAGCUGACCAGGCUUCUAUGGCAGCAUUGAGUCGUUUCCUGGAUGACAGAGAGUGCACCUUCUGUGCAUUUUACUCGACAGGAGAAUCAGUGCAAGCCAAUAGCACUGACAUGCCCAGCGCCAACCAGAUGAAGAAGAAACUCACCAUGAUGCAUAGGUCGCGCCCCGAGCAGGAGAUAGGUAUCAACAAUAUCGGCGACUCAGUCAUUCUCGUCGAGAUUACGAAGAACGUUAUGGAUUUGCUGAGUGUGUACUGCCAGUCCGUCUACCUCUCUACCCUGACAAACCCAGCCAACCAGAGGGGCUGGUCCGACCUCAUUGCGAAGGACCUCAUGGACAAGUACCACGUCUUCCUCGCAAACCUCCACGUGACCGUGGGCCUCAUGAAAGGCCACACGUGGCUGCCGCAGCCGCCCAGGGAUGCGUUGCCCACCAGUGGACCGUCUGCUGGAUCCGCCGGUGGCAACAGUUCGAGCAUGGGUAGCAAGGAUCGAGUCCAUGUGCUCGAGGGCGCGGUGAUCACGUGGACGAAGCAGAUCCGCCAUGUUCUGAAGCAGGACCCGGAGAUGUUGCUGAAGGAGGGCCGCAACCCGGAGCCUAGCGCCGAGCUGCUGUUCUGGAAGAACAAGGCCGCCAAUCUGAACUCCAUUCACUCUCAGCUUGGCAUGGACGCCUUAAAGAAGGUGCUCAAGUUUCUCGAGACGAGCAAGAGCACCUACACCACGCCUUUUUCGCGACUGCAGAAGGAGGUGGAAGAGGCUCGGGAGGAGGCCAACGAUAAUGUCCGCUUCCUUUCCACUCUGACCAAGGACAUCGAUAAGAUCAUGAGUGAGAGCGCCGACUUCGAAACUCUCGAUCAGCUGUUUGACAGCGUGCUGCACAAAAUUCUUCUCAUCUGGCGGUAUUCGAAGUUUUACAACACGCCGACAAGGCUGGCAGUCCUAAUCCGAGAAAUCUGUAACACCAUCAUCAGCCAGGCCACCAGGUACAUCAACGGCCCAGACGUAUUCUCCAUGAUCUCCAGUGAGGAGGCAGGCGAAUGCUACGACAAGCUGGACCGCACCCUGCAGGUCUGCACGGCAUUCAAGGACACUUAUGUGAUCUAUCGCGACAUCGCGGCUGCCCAGGGCGGGGAUGGCUGGAAGAUGAAGAACGAUGCCUUGUUUGUGCGUUUGGACGCUUUCCGUGAGCGCUGCCGGGAUGCGCUGGACUUCACUCGCACUGUGAUGCAGUUUACGAAGCUCGAGCGUAUCGAGAUAGGGGGCACCAAAGGCAGCAUGCUCUCGCUCUCAGUGGAUGCUAUCCGAGAGGAGUUCACAGCUGCCGUGGAGAAGUUCAAGGCAGUGCCCUACGACAUCAUGAACGUGGGCGAGCGCCAGUUCGAUCACGACUUCUACCAGUUCCGGGCCGACGUGAAGGAGUUGGACCGCAGGCUUGGUAGCCUGCUUGGCUCCGCUUUCGACGACUUGGACACUGUGCAGGGCAGGCUGAAGCUGUUUGACAACUUCGAGGGGCUGCUGGAGCGCCCCAUCAUCCAGGCAGAGUUGGAGAAGAAGCACAAGGCGCUGCUCAAACAGUAUCAGCAUGACCUUGCCGAGGUUGAGACCACAUACAUCGAUAACAGGGAGAAGGUGGACGAGUGCCAUGACGAUGCCCCGAUAUUCCAGAAUCUCCCCCCUAUGUCGGGCGCAAUAUAUUGGGCUCGAAGCCAGCGAAACCGCAUCACCGAACCAAUGAGCAAGCUUAUGCUGUACAAUGCAACGCUGCGAGAAACACCGGAGGAGUUCCGCGAGGUCGAGAAACAGUAUACGAAUCUGCACAACAUGUUGGAGGCAUACGAAACUCAGCGCUACCAGAGCUGGGAAGAAAGGGAGGUGGAUGCCGCCAAGGAGAAGCUGAGGAUGCGCUUGCUGCGCCGUCAGGAAAAGACUGGCCUGCUCAAGGUCAACUUCGACGAUGCGCUCAAGAGACUGUUACGCGAGGUGCGCUUCUUCCUUAUCUUCGACAUCGAGGUGCCGACUGCUGCGUCGACGAUGUUCAAUCAUGCGCCUGUGUACCGGCAGUGGGUUGGGCAGCUCGAUUGCAUCGUGCAGAUGUACAACUCCGUGCUUACUGAGCUGCUACCUGUGGAGGAGCCGCUGAUGGAGGAACGUAUCACCAAGAUGGAUGCGGCACUCUCCCCAGGCCUGACAGAUUUGAAGUGGCGCAGCGAGGCUCAGAUCCCUGAGUUCAUCGAGGUAGCUAUGAAGGUGGUUACCGACGUGUCUAGCGUGGUCGAGAUCCUCAAGCAGAACUUGCGCAACAUAUCAAGAAUCCUCUCGAACUGGUGCAAGGAGCCCAUCGUGGAGAGGAAGCGGGGCGCAAAGCCGAUGCCGAUGGACGUUUUCGACCUCCAGCACAAAGAGCGCGUAGGUGUCCGAAUGAUGGCCAUGACAGAAGGCGGCAAGGAGAUCCACAAGUUCCUGAAGGACUCCAGCGAAGCCCUGAAGGUCUCGAAGACGGAGAAAAUCUGGAAGUCGUACGUAGACUUCGUUAACAACAUCGUAAUUGAGGGCUUCGUCGCUUCCAUCGCGGUUUCACUGCAGAAUCUAUGCGAGAUAUUGGACCCUCUUUUUAUCGAGCGCAGGGGCGAGUUGCCACUUUUCGACGUGAAGAUUGAGCUCCAGAAUGAGAUUGUGUUCGAUCCUCCUUUCAGGCACUUUAGCGGCGACCCUUCCCUGAGAAAGACAAUCGACGAUUGGCUCAAGGACUUCUUCGGCACCGUAACAUGCAUGGCACGCCUGGAUAUGUCGGCGGGCGACUACCUUAAUGAGAUCCGUGAGCACUUCCAGAUGCAGAGUCUGUUGUCGCUUGUCUCCGACAACAUCGACAACACGGAGGAGAAGUGCAUGGAGUACCGGCAGACGUUCAUGCAGCACUCCUUCCUCUGGACGGACUCGAUCGACAAGUCCUUUGAGAAGUUCUUGAAUGAGGCCGCGUUCGACCUUGUCGAAGGAGUCAUGGAGGAAAACAUGCUCGGGGGCGGCGGGUACACUGGCGGACGUGAUCGCCUGCGUCUGCUCCCCUCAUUGGCCGAGACGAUCGACAAGUUCCUCCCCGAGCAGCGGGAACCCAGCCACCCCGCCCAGCGUCAGCGUCUUCGGCUGGGCCAGGGCACACUGACGAUGCUGCCUGCAGGUGCGUUGGAGCAGACGGGGGACGUCUUGCUUCGCUCACGGCUCCCCGAGCUGCUGAUAGCAAGAGCCCGCGCCGCCGGCACGGCAGAACGGUGCGAGGCCCGCGUCGUUGGGACCAAGUUCGCGAAGCUCGACGGAACCGAGGGCGACCUCCGCGACGUCGAGCUCGAGGAACUCCUGAUCGUGGUGCCCGCCGUCUGUCUCCUGUACGGCGCUCGCUCGCUCGCCUCCGCGGACUAUGUCUCGGCGGCGCUGCGGUCGGCCAUCCGCGAAGAGAUGCCCGCAUGUGUUGCCUGCGUGAGAGUCUCGCCCGCCUUCUUGGCGAGGUUGGCCGAGAGCUGCGCGGAGGACGAGGUGAUCGAAUUCUUCGACUCGGCGGGCGGCGCCCUCCAGCCAGACCUGCCCGAGCUCGCCCCCCAGCCCGUGGACUGGAACGCCGGGGCGCGUCGGCUUCAGCUCUCCGUCGACGGUCAGGUCGAUCGGGGGAAGUAUCUCGCGGCCGACGAGCACGAUGGCGAGGGCUCUGGGGGCGACGAGGUCGACGCAGCCUGCGAGGCUGCCGCGCAGGAGUGGGCAGGUCGCCCGCGCGGCGCCUACGUGACCGGCAGCCCGGGCGCGGAACGGGGGAGUGGCUCCUGGCGGGCCUUGGGCGCCCAUGUCCCCGCCCGCCUGGCGGCGCUUCCCGCGGCAGGGGGCCGCGCGGGACGCGCGGGGAGGCAGGGGCCAGUGGCGAGCAGCGCCAAGAGGGCCGCAAUCCUUCGGCGUGCCAGCGCGUCGCGCGACGACCAUCAGAGCGCCCUCAGGGACUUCGAGAGCGAGCUGCUGGAUGUCAUCGGGGGCCAGCUGGGGGACUUCUCGAGCCGAGAGGACAAGCAUGGUCGCCCGCGCGGGCAGGUCGCCCGCGCGGCUCCAGAGAAGGAGGCCGACCUCGACCUCGGGGCCCAAAUCGCGGCAGGCGGCCGCGACGCGGACAGGGCCAUCCAGCUUGCGACGCUGCAGUCGCUGGAGAGGGUUGGCGGUUCCGAGAAGGCGAAAAGGGGCGAGCCCGCCCCGGGUGACCUUCUCUUCGGGGGCGCAGCCUCGAGCUCCUGGGGGGCGGGCCCGGUGGCCGGGAUCACGUGGGCAGGGGGCGCCGUGGGUCUCCUGGCGCCCAACGGAUCGGACGCGGGCGCCUCGGACCGCGAGCGCUUCUGGGAGAUGCUGGCGCCUCUGCAUGCGCUCCGCAGGCCCAGGCAGCGCGCCCUCCUCGGCGCCCAGAUCGGGCAGUCACUGAAGGCCGCGCAGCAGUCGGUGAAUGCGAGCGGCUCCUGGGGGCUGGCCCAGCUGAGCACGGGCCUCCCAGACGCCGCUGUGGACCACGGCUGCAAGGGCCGCGCCUGGGACAAGAAGUCCAAGAAGCGGGCCUACAACAGGCCGCGCGCGCGUCGCGGCGCAUCUCUCCCCGCCGCCGACGACCUCGGCAUCCCGCCCGCGGGAGCGACGGUAAUGCUCCAGGAGCCAGGCGCGCCGGUCGAGCUCGAGCGCGCCCUCAUCUUCCGCGCUCCGCGCGCCCUCGACUUCUGUCCGGUCGCCUGGGCCCAGGAGGCCGUUCUUGGCUCCGACGUCAGGGCCAACGGGCUGCUAGAGCAGGGGGUCUUUCACGAGGUGGACUACCUCCGCCGGCGAGACCGCGGCGGGGGCGCGCCGGCCCCGGCCGCGCCCGGCACGGGGUCUCCUGGCAUGAGAAAUGCACGCGGCGUCGUUUCUGCCCUCUCUGCAUCGACGAUGCCGAUGCUGCUGGCGCGGGCGGGCUUCCGGCAUCUCGCGGUGGCGGUUCUGCUCCAGCGCAGGCUGCUCCAGCGGAUGGUCGCGCCCCGCCAGCUGGCGAUGAUAGAGCUGCCGCUGCUGCUGAUGGCGUGCGUUGUCCAGCUCAUGGUGGAGCUCCGCUGUUCUACUGCGGAGAUUAGAGAAUCGGUUUCAGGGCCAAGCAGCCACGUCAUGAUACACUUCGGGAUUGCCCGCAUCCAGAAGCUGCAGACCACCGCGAAGAGGAUCGCGGCUGGCAUCGAGAUGCUGGCCAGACAGGAGUGCACGCGACGGGUAGGCCCGGCUCCAGCAGGUGACGACAGCGUCUCUCAGUUGACCGACUCGUUCUUUCAUUUCGACGCCAAGCAUCAUGAUCGAAGCAGAGUGGGCAAAUCUAUGCAAUGGCGAGACCUCCAGCAUCUUUGCAGCCUGGUGAACGGCAGCUGGCUCGACGCAGAGUUGGUGCACUGGCGUCGUGGCGAGGCGACGGGGCUCUCUUGCUGCCAGAGCGUGGCAGAGACCAAGGAGAAGGUCACGAUCGCGAUCUGUAACGCUAUGUGUGGGAAGCUGGGCGCGGUGUCAACAAAGUCAAUAUGGGCCAACAACCUGUCCAAUUCAAAGCAAACGCUUUUCCGCCGCCUGAUUCACCGCGUUGGUUUGGGUUCUUAUUGCGAGGAUUUCAAGGGCGAGCUCGGCGACGGCGAGGAUUGCGAGGGCGAGAAGAUGGUCGACGGUGAGAUCAGGGACGAUAUCUUUGCCAUGGUGAAUCGGACCAGGGCUAAGAAGACCAAGGACUACUUCCAGUCGGACGAACUGAUGUGGCAGCUUGGUGUAUACGUCGCCGUUCUUGACAUCCCCGAUUGGAGCUUGCUCUACCCUCUGCUUCAAAACCCAACCCCUGGUUGUGAGUCGGCUCCCAGCAAGGUGGACGUGCUGCUUGACCCACUGAGUGGCAAGGUCCUGGAGUGUGUCGCAUUCUGGACAAAUCGAGCGGAGGCGAAUCGUCCUUGGGCAGUCCUGGAGGCGGUAGGCGCGCCAAUGACUUCGGAGCAGUUCCAGAGGUGGGCGAAGUCUCAGAUCCUCCGAAUGUCUGCUGCGCUGUGA